AAAGGAAACUAAUAUACUUGCUUUUAUUAGGUAUUGACAUUUUUUUGGGGGAGGCACAGUUAGUACGGAUAAGUAUAUAUUUCACCGAACAUCCUGAAUUAACCCAUUUAUUUUCAAUAAAAUAAUACGUAAUUUAAGGAAUUGGAACACGUGUGAUAAAUAACAGAAACUGUGGUCCCCGCCGGCCUAAAAGAACAGCUACGGGCUAUGGGGGCGGGGUGUGGUAGAGGUAAAAAUCCCGAAUAAUGAUAUUUGAUACGGGCAAUUUGAGAUCCUCUCCGUCUCAAGACUGAAGUACAAGCGGCAAAGGAGUAAAUGUUGUUGCGUUGUUGCUGCUCCAUUCAAAAUUUCCAAAGGGAAAAUUUACCGAAUUGUAGGCACUCAGAGUUCACACGAGAGAGCGAGGUCCUUUCCUUUUUGCCAAUGUAAUCCUUUCCCCCCAGAUUUGUCUUGGUUUUCCAGCCUCUGAUUCUCCAAGGUCAUGGUAGCCACCUAGGGUGCCCCAUACUAUGGGACAGCCGUCCAAUUAAGAAUCCACAUAAACUUGUUGCUUCUCUCUUUUUCGGAUCAUUGCUUCUUGCAUAUUUGCAUAUAUUAUAACAAAAUUGAAUUGCAUAAUUGGAAUUGGACUGGAAAAAGUGUUGUAUCAUGUCAUCUUCCCCAGAGAAGGACAGACUUACAUGAUAAGCUCGGCAUUUCACUUUUGUAUAUCUACUUGGUAAUGAUGAUAUCUAAGCCACAAAUCAUACAUACAACAACAACAACAACUACUUGUGUCCCCCCCUCAUCGCGGCUUUAAAUGAGGCCCAGGGCCCAUUUUGCAACAACAGUGCAAAUCAGGAGCUGCUGGCUGCUGCUGCUACUGCUGGCAGAGAGAGGCGCCGUUCCCCUUUUCUUGCACUCUUCUUAUCUCUCCCACUACCCUUCACCCCCACAAGGCCCCCGACCCUUUUCCUCUUUUUAGCUCUCUCUUUCAAUGACAUUUCAUUGAUGACUUACGACUUUGGCACCUUAUUCUUUAUAAAACUCCUGACACCCUCUACUGCUUCUUCAACAAACAGGGAAACUGAACAUGGUUGGUGCAAGCUCAAUUCCUCAUUGGCUUGGGAUUCUUCUUGGAGAAAAAUUCUUUGAUCCCUGUAUAGUUCAUGAGUGUGCAAAGAAAAAUGAGAAGAACAUUUUCUGCUUGAAUUGUUGCAUUGCUAUUUGUCCCCACUGCUUGCCUGUUCACCUCCCUCAUCCUCGCUUACAGAUAAGAAGAUAUGUUUACCAAGAUGUCAUACGGUUAAGUGAUGCUCAAAAACUGAUCAAUUGUUUCCUUGUUCAACCAUACACAACAAACAGUGCCAAAGUAGUGUUUUUGAAUGAAAGGCCAAUGUCACGCCCGUUUAGAGGCUCUGGUAACUUCUGCAUCAAAUGCGAUCGCAGCCUCCAAGACCCAUUUCUCUUCUGCUCCAUCUCUUGCAAGGUUAAUCACUUAGAGACUGCCGAACAUGGCGGAAAAAAAUGUGACCAAAACUCUGAAUUACUUCCACUGUUCUACAAAACUAAAAGUGAUGUCAGCGUCACAGAGAUUGAAGAGGAUCCUCAGAUGACUCCUGACUCUGUCCUGAACUCCCCUGUUUCCCCCAGAACUUGGUCGGGAGGAUCAACAAACACUACUACUAGCAACGGUGGCAAUGCAAUAAACUGCAAGUCGUCAUUACUUGCUUGCACUGCCACAACUGAGUUCGUGAAAAAGAAGAAGAAGAUGAAGAUGAAGAUGAAGAAACGCAGCUGUGUUUUAAUGCCUCGAGUUUCGUGCCGGAGCAGCUGCUCACAGGCUGCUGCUGCGGCUGAGAGCAUUAGCCGCCGGAAAGGUGUGCCUCGCAGAUCACCCUUGAAUUGAAUGUGAAAAAAAAAAAUAGUAGUGAGACCUUCAGUAGUUCUGUGUGUUGUGUGUUUGGAGGAGGGUAAUGAUUCGUGGGGAAGUUUUGACCGCGAUGGAAAAUUAAUUGCUUCCCCAAUUUUGUAGAGUUUAUUAUUGUUAUAUGUAGAGGUAUACAACCUAAUUUUAUUAGAAUUUAAUUA